CAUAAUGCUACUUUUCAUUUUUGCUGCCAUAUCGGCAGUCAUUCUGUCGCCCGCCUACGCUAAAAAACCUGUAGAUUUCCAAACUAUGCAAAUCAACUACGCUCCUGACCACGCCCUGGACAUAAAGGAGGGAGAAACCCAGAUUUUCAGGGCUCCACUCUGCAAAGGAGGUCUGCUGAACGGCUGGUCCUUCAAAGCGAAGGUAUACAUGAUGAACGAACCUUGGGAUUCUGCCGAGAUAGGAGAUGCUAACUGGCUCCACAUCCAAGUCUCCAAUGGGCCGAGCUUUACAACGAUUGUCCGAGAUAACGCACAGGAAGCUAAAAAAGCCGGUUAUGACCCGAAACCUGCUACUUCUCCGUUUACUUACGACAGUGCAACGUGGGGUUCGGACGACAUCUACAUACAGAUUACAGCAAGCCACGGUACCCCGACCUUCCAAUACGGUUUGGAGCUGGCAGCCAACGAGCCUAGUGAUGAUCUCAUGAUCCCCGACGGCAUGGACAGUGCGGAGACAGUCUCGGCGAGCGCUGCUACUAGAGGGUGUGGUAUUCAGACCCUGGAACAGGUUGCCAUCCCCCUCACCGCCCAACUUACCUCAGGAGACACCGGUCAGUACAAGAUCCCCUUCUGUUUCGAGGACACCUACGACCAGAGAUCCCUGACCCUGACCACCCUGGUCCCUGAAACAGUGAACGAGGCUCCAGGUGGUGUUGCGUCCUUCCUCUGCACUGACACCAUGAUGAGCAAUGGUAUCUGCUACAGAGCUGUGGUCACAAACCGUGGUACGAAGUUCUACGACUCCUCCGGUGCUAAAGUGAACGCAGUUAUUCCAACCAUCCCUAAAGAAGAGUACGGACCUGUCUACCUGCUUGUCCUUGCUCAGGGUAACUAUCACGACAAGGUUGAGUUCACCAUCACAACCAAGCUGAGAAAUCCAUCUGUAGACGAACUCAAACUUACCGGCCACUCCGAGAAGGACCUACACAGUGUGCUGACCUACCUGAAGAGCAGCUACGAGAACAAACCUGCUCCUCUUGAUCACGCAUUUCAGCAUGAAGAAAUGAAAGAGGAGCUGUAAAAGGAGAAGAAGCUGAAAAAGGAACAAUUGAAGGAGCUCAAACAGGAGCUGUAAAUCAUUUGUUAUUAUGUGUUUUAUAUAUGUUGUAUAUUACUAUUAAGCUAUUAGAUGCCAAGACAGUUUAGCGCUUUUGGUUAAACUUAUAAGUUCUGCCUGUCACUAGGCGGCACUCUGCCUGUCACUAGGCGGCACUCUGCCUGUCACUAGGCGGCACUCUGCCUGUCACUAGGCGGCACUCUGCCUGUCACUAGGCGGCACUCUGCCUGUCACUAGGCGGCACUCUGCCUGUCACUAGGCGGCACUCUGCCUGUCACUAGGCGGCACUCUGCCUGUCACUAGGCGGCACUCUGCCUGUCACUAGGCGGCACUCUGCCUGUUACUAGGCGGUACUCUGCCUGUCACUAGGCGGUACUCUGCCUGUCACUAGGCGGUACUCUGCCUGUCACUAGGCGGUACUCUGCCUGUCACUAGGCGGUACUCUGCCUGUCACUAGGCGGUACUCUGCCUGUCACUAGGCGGCACUCUGCCUGUCACUAGGCGGCACUCUGCCUGUCACUAGGCGGUACUCUGCCUGUCACUAGGCGGUACUCUGCCUGUCACUUGGCGGCACUCUGCCUGUCACUAGGCGGUACUCUGCCUGUCACUUGGCGGUACUCUGCCUGUCACUAGUCGGUACUCUGCCUGUCACUAGGCGGUACUCUGCCUGUCACUAGGCGGUACUCUGCCUGUCACUAGGCGGUACUCUGCCUGUCACUCCGCCAUAUCUUGGAUCGUUUAUAACACUUAAGCCUGAGGUCCCCGCAGGUAAAUAGAUACGGAUCCUGGUGGUUAGAUGAGCUUUGUUAGGUCUGGCUAGGGUUUUAAUUGUCUUCAAAUAACGUCCUAUGAUAAGGUAGUUGCUGUCAACAAAAUAUGCCUCACCUCCCCACCAGAAUCCACAUCUAUAAGUAAUAUUUAUAUUGUCUGUCAUAUUACUAUAUUGAGACUUUUACUUUUUUCUUUACCCAGGGACUUUCUUUUCUUUUUUAUUAAUAAGUUAAUAUUUCACGCUUUUAUAGGUGUAAUCAUUGUUAUUGUAGUUACUGCAUAUCUUGUUUUACAAAUUUUUCUGAA